AUGUCUCUCUCAAAUGUUCCAAAACUUCAAGAACUAUUUUUUCAACCAUGGAAAUUACCACUGGAGACGCUAACGUUCGUGGAUAAGGACUUUUACUUGCUGAUUGAACAUCUUGUUGGUCCAUCACUGUCGAGAUUGCUUAAGGUGCAAGAAAUCAACUCUGUUCCAAUUCUUCUGCUAACAGCAGAUGUAUUUCAACAUUUAUUUUUGAACACUAAUGAUUUCGAAAUAAAUUUAUUACGUGACGAAUUGUUAUUAAAAGUAAACAACGAUCAGUUGAUCGUCAAAGACGCCAAUUGUACUAAAAUGCGAUGCUUAUUGAAUAUUUUACAUGUAGCGAAAGAACGCAAAUCGAAGCAGUCUCAAAGAAUUAUACCAAAAAGUCAAACGAACUGUGACUCAUCUUUAGUUUCCUUACCAGCAAUGAACGCGACCACCACGGUCGCAACUUCCACCUUUACUCUUGAUGACCAAAGAAACCACUUACUUAAAUGCAUCGGUGAUUGGUCAUCUUUGAACGACAACUUUUUAAAUUUAACGAAUUUUAAAUUAGAAGACGGUGUGAAUUUCAAACUAAAUUUAAAAGGAACUACAAAUGGAUUUCAUGCAAUGAUCGAAUGUCAAUGUAAAGUGCCCAUGUAAAAAAAAUACCCCAAAACAUCGGAUGAAAAUCGAUUUUUUGAAAAAAAUCCAUAAAAUCUGAUUAAAUCCCGCAAUUCUGAUUAAAUACACGAGAAAAACAGAUUACCACCGA